CACAAAAAAGUUAAUUUCGUUGAUACGAAUUUUUAAAGGAAAGGGAAUAUAGGCUUCAAAAAUAUUAAACAAAUUUCAUCGAUAAAUUUACCUCAUUACAGAAAAAACAUAAAUAGAAUGUAAAAUAUUUCCAAAAAUAUACCAAAAAAUGGUAGUGCAUUUCAAGAAGAAGCAAAAUCAAACAAUAAAAAAAUCCCACCCGUACAAUAAUGCUGGCAAGUAAGGCGAGAGUGAUGGAAUUUGAAAUAUCGGACACGACGACGGUGCGCGUGUUUGUGGAUCGUGUAAAUGCGAUAAACGAGAACCUGUUCAUCUGGACCAUAAUCGACGGUGUGCUGGUGGUGUGCAUCCUAGCCGGAAACAUCCUGACCAUCCUGGCGGUGCGCUACCACCGGCGAUUGCGACUACUCAUCUCGAACCUGUUUGUCAUGUCGCUGGCCAUGUCGGACAUUUUCGUGGGCCUCACAUUGCCCUACCAUUUGGCGUUCUACAUGGGAAAUGAGCUAGGCCGGUUGAAGCACUUGUGUCUGCUGAGGUUUUUCGUGCUGAUCAUCGCGUGCAGUGUGUCGAUCUGGAACUUGAUCGCCAUCGCAGUGGACCGAUAUAUUGCGAUUUGUUAUCCACUGCAUUACACGCGCAUAAUGACGAAGAAAGUCGCCCUGGUAAUCUUGGGCUUUGGCUGGUGCCUGGCCAUUGUGAUCGCGAUCAUCCCGCUGAUCUGGAACCGCUGGGACACGGCAAUGGAGUGCGAAUUUGACGAACUGCUGCAUCCGUGGUACGUGGCCGGAGUGAUUACGCCCAUUUUCCUGGUUUGGCUCUGCCUGCUGCUCGUCUAUUGGCGAAUUUGGCGCGAGGCGGCAAAACACGCCAAACAACUCCGGGCUCACCACUCCCAGGAGGGCACUUCGGACUGGAAGUCGGUUCAGGUUGUGCUGUUGAUCAUGGGAUGCUUCAUUUGCUGGCUGCCGUACUUUGUCGUGAUUUUGACGCAAAUCUAACUUUUUGACUACAACUCUCCGGUGCUGUACAAAGCGGUGUUCCUCGCGAUGGCCAACUCAAUGAUGAAUCCGGUUAUCUACGCGUGGAAGAAUACCAACUUCCGGGAUGCCUUCAAGCAGCUGCUGACGUGCCGCAAGCCGGAUCAGCUCGAUGGUCCUCAGACGGGAACGGGACAUCGGAGUAGAUCGUCGAGAAAGCAAGAUUCCUCGCGAUCGAAUCAGGAUUCGGGAAUUCUCCACAACAGAAAUCGUCCCGUUAGCCAGGACAGCGUCGAGUCAAUCGCGGCUCAGGUGUCUGACCAUGAGAUCACGUUCAUUUCGACGCUGCACGAUUCUGAUUCCAUCCAGAAUCACACGAUUCAACUUUCGGUGGGAGCACCCGGCACAAACGGACCGACCAGUAUUACCACGCACAUAAUCAAGGGAAACGUGAUAAUCAACAACUAUAACUUGUACGAGAGCUACCUCAGUGUGAGGAAUGAAAACGACGGUAAAAAUUGCACUAACGUUUCCAAUCGAAGUUGUUCCAACGGAAAACAUGCGAAAGCCAGUAGUGAAAAGGGUCACAACCACUGUGAUAUGAACGAAGCUGAGGGCUUCAGUAAUCCCAGCUUCUCCGAAGAUGUUACGAGAUUGUAGUGCUUUUUGUUAUAGUUAAUGUUCACUACCUGACUAGAUUUGUAAGAAAGUGUAGUAUUUUUGUAAAUAUGAAAUGCAUUGUUUAUGUAAAAUACAAUAUUGGACGUUAAGGAACGCUAAAGGAGGUAUUAGACUAUGGCAAACAAACAAACAUACCCGCACUUUUUCGCGUUUGCCAAACUCGCAAACAAGACAACAUGUCUGCAAGCUGACGUUUCUACAAACAAAUGUUGUCGAACAAACAACGCAGACAAAUUGGCAAACUGACAAAAUGUCAAAUCUUCUUUAAAAUAAGUUAACCAAAACAAGGUUCUUAAGGCUGUAUUAGACUAUCACAAACAAACUAACUCGCAAACAAACAAACUUGUUAACAGUUUUGAAGUUUGCCUGCAUUUGUGUGCAGAAACGUCAGCCUGCAU